AUGAAAAAAUGCAAAAUUUCAAUAAAUGGAAAACUUUUCCAAGCUGAAGACACCAACCAUGAAGAAUUCAUCUUUGAAUUACACAAAAUAGAACUCCCGCACAUAGGAUUCAACACAACGAACAAAACCUUCUACCUACAGCAAAUAACAAGUGAAGACAUCGAUCAUAUCAACAGAAUUGCAAAUAAUUUACAAAUCCCUGAUUUAAAUAACAGUUCAAGUACAAGUCACCCAUGGAUCAACACUUUCCUAUUUAUAAUAGCAGUCUUCAGUACAUCUUGUGCUACAUUAAGAUCUACAAACCCCGACGUCACCAAAGAAAUUUGA